AUGGGAAAUUAAUGUGCCAACGAUUGCUGAUUGGCUAAAUCGCUUUAAUAUUACCUAGACACCCGUUGAGUAGGGAGGAUCAUCUUAUACAAUUUUCAUAUUUUGUAGUAGAAAUAUGCCUUAUCUUAUAAUUUCCAGCUCUUAUCCAAUCGAAACUAGCAGAACAACUGUUGGUGAUACAGACAUUAAUCCAGAAUUAUUGGAUUAUCUCGCUGCUGGAACAAUAAAGUCACGAACGUAUCAAACGAAUUAUAUUGCACGUGAAGUGCUCGAUAGAUUGGAUUGUAGGGGAUACCGAGUGGUGGCCAUGGCUGUUGGGCCAGAACGUAUCUAUUGGACACUGUAUAAACCGGAAGAACCCUAAAGUGUCAAAAAUAAUUAUCUAGCAUUACUCUAUUACGUUGUAUACAUGAAGGAAAA